AUGAAUAAAUCAAAUAAAAUUAUAUUCAACCUUAUAAGAAUAAAUAAAAACUUAAAUAAAACAAUACCUUAUUAUUUAAACAAUAAUCAUUUUCAUAAUAAAUAUUAUAAUAAUAAAACAAAGCUAGUUAUAAACAAUGAUACUAUAAAUAAUUUUAAACAAAGAAAUUAUUGUACAGGUUUAGAAAGCCAAAAUAUUUUCGAUUCACAUAAAGGAUCUUUAUCAGAAAUUUAUAGUAUCGAUGGUUAUAGUGAUUCAGGUUUUUCAAUCAAUAAAGUUUUAAUCCCUGGUUCAAUUUGCAUUAUGCCACACCAGUUGUUCCUUUGGGAUAUCCAUAGCCCAGAGAAUAUUACAAUCGAUUCAUUAGCACCAUUAGACAUAAUCGAACCAAAAUGCGAAUUCUUAAUAAUUGGUACUGGUAAUACAUCAUAUAAAUUUUCCAAUGAAUUCCUCAGUGAAAUUCAAACUAGAUAUCAAAUGAACCUCGAAACAAUGUCAACAUCACACGCAAUUGGAACCUAUAAUAUUUUAUCAGAAGAGGGCAGAAGAGUAGCAGCAUUCAUUUUACCACCUGUUCCAUUACCAGAAUUUAAAGAUCCAUAUUUUGUUAAAAAGAGUGAAUACGAAGCAAAGGGUGUAUUAGAGAGAGCUGGUAAUAUUUUAGAUUUAAAUACAGAUCUCAUUAGAAAAAAACAAACUUUAAUUAGAAUGAAAUUAGACGAAUCAAAUAACGAGGCAAUCAAGCUUAUCGAGAAACAAAUUUCAAAGAUUGAAAAAGAUUUGGGUGAUAAUAUUCAAGAGCAAGAUAAACCAUUUGAUAGUUAUUUUAUACCAACCCGUAAUGUCGAAGAAGGUUUUAUUAAAAACAACGACGAAGAAAAUGAACAAAAUGAAGAUGUUGAAAAGAAAUCGGUUAGAGAUAGAGCAAUUAUUUGGUUUGUAAAGAAAUUUGGUAAAUAUGGUGAAAAAAAAUAA